UCGCCACCACACCAUGCAGCGUUCAUCCUCCAAGCCUGGUGGCCAACUAUUGACCACGAAAGCACCGUCUGGUGGGCCGAAGGCUCUUUACGAUUUUCUAGGUGGAGGAAAAGUUGCUGACGUUGUUCUAUGGAGAAACAAGCGAUUAUCGGCAGGGAUACUUGCCGGGUUUACCGUGAUAUGGCUACUCUUCGAGGUGGUGGAAUACCAUUUUGUCACACUCCUUUGCCACAUGGCUAUCGCAGCUAUUCUGGUUGCCUUCAUUUGGUCAAAUGUAGCCGCUCUAUUUGGCCUGUCUCCUCCCAAGAUCCCUGAAGUUCGAAUCUUAUCACAGCAAGCCUUCAAAGAAUUCGUGGAGACCCUCCACCCCAAGCUCAGUCGGUUGGUGUCCAUCCUCCAUCGCGUUGCAUUUGGAGAAGAUCUCAAGUUGCUCCUCUUUGCAAUUCUCUAUCUUUGGAUUCUAUCAGUGAUGGGGAGCUUGUGUAGCUUCCUUAAUCUCUUAUACUUUGUCUCUCUCUGCAUUCAGACGCUGCCGGCUUUAUACAAGCGAUACGGGCGUGAAGUGGAUGAUCUAGCUGCCAAGGGAAGCCAUGAACUCAAUAAACUGUACGCGAAGUUGGAACAGGAAGUUCUCAAAAAAAUUCCACGAGGCCCCGGGAAGGAAAAGAAGAACGGAUGAACAUCUCAGCUUUUCACAGGGAGAACAAGAUUCGUCGACAAUUGGCAAGAAAUAUUUAUUAAUUUCUUUACAGAAGAUCUCAAAUAUGUGAAUAUGCCUAAUUUAAAUUUGUGAAGUGACUUUUACCAAAUGUUAUAUAGUUAAGAUGAAAUGCAUGGUAAAAUUGGCUGCAUUCUUCUCCUCCCCAUGAACUAUUUA